AUGCGGGACGAUUUUUACGGGCUGCCGCUGGAGAUGCCGAGGCCACCCAAAAAAAAGGUUGGACUCGAGACUUUCGAUGCUUCCUCGGGUUUUGACUCCAUUUUUAAAGCAUCGGUUGUGAAAUCUCUGAGUAUAACUCUAGUUAGAGACGUUGAUGGCAAGACCUUUGUCAAUGCUUUGGAUGGCGUUAUUGCUCGCUGGAUUCAGAAACGGACCGAUGAGGAAGAAUCGUCACUGUCGGCCUUCCGGAACAGCUUUCUAGGGCGCAAUCUCAAACAGGGAACAACCAUCUAUUUAACUUGGUUGGAACCCUCAAGAAUGCUGGAAACAAUAGACUCUGAUGUCUUAGAUUUCCAAAUCAGCUUGUUUGAAUUUGUUAUUUCCUCGGUCUCGGUUUCGACGAAAGACCAAGGUCCAUCCCAAGUGGACGCUGAGGUCAAAUCAGCUACUGUCAAUUAUGCUCUAUAUGAUGGCUUCUUCGGCAGCUCUCCUGUGUCCCCCACUUUGAGAUCUUCCACUGCUCAGCUGCUAGAAGCUAUCCUUACAAAGUGACAUGCAGAGCAGGAUCAUGUAUGGUCCCUGAAGACAAAGUGCAGAGUGAUGAAUAAAUACCAUAUUAGUUUUCUUGGAUAAUUGCAUCUCAUAUAUUGAAUUUUUUGCAUGCAUCAUAUAAUCAAAAUUGGCGGUGCAGAUGUGUUUAUGCUUCCAGGAUUUUUCGUUUUUCCGAGAGUGUCUCGUGUAACUCAAAAUAAUACAUUUGAAAUACGAGCAUUUUGUUAGUUUGUAGGUUAAUUUUUUUUGGCCCAGGCAGCUUGGUUCGCUUUCUUUUGCGGGUUAGUUUGUAGCUACAGG